GUUCAUGAUAUCGGUGUUCUUUAUUGAUAGCUGAAACAACAAUGGAUGCAUUAAUAACAGAAGGGUGUAACUGCAUUUCGAAAUUCGAUUUAAAAAAAGGCGGUUGUCGGUCUUUUGUAAAAGCUUGUCUUGGUCAUAGGACCUUCGUACUAGAUGAUGCUGCCAUCUAUGGUCACCGCGAAUUGACGUCAUAAGAGGACUGCUUGAAGUCCAUGCCUGUUCUUGGAAAUGGAAAGAAACAUCAUGUAAACGCCAGCUCUCUGUUUCAGAAUAUUGGGAAUAUGUAUUCUCUUUAGGUGAGAGCUGUACAGUGUAGGAGCUGUGUGUAUACGUGAGCUAGGUCAGACUAGUGUGAGCAGAGAUGAACAGCCUGUGGCAUUUCAAGCCAGGGGUGAUGUACAGGCUGCUCAAGUCCCCCGAGUAUGUGGAGUUCAGAAAGGUCAUUGUUCUCCAGGAGGCACGCUUCAUGGAAAUCACAGAAGAGGGUGAGGGGAUCAGAAGUGUUCAUCUCGCUCUCACAGCUGACACCUUGUUUAUUGCAGAAAAAUGUCUUCCUGACUAUGUAAAGCAGCCAGAGGUAUGGACAGAGUCAGAUCCUGAGUUAGAAGGAGUGGAGUUGAUAAGUAUUCUGCCACUAGAUGCCUCAGAUAUUGUUGUGCAAGAUGACAGGAAGUAUAAGCGGAUCCAUGUAGACCUACCUAAUGGCACAGCCCGUCAUUAUGAAUAUGCAGAAACGGUUCGCUCAGAAAGGAUCUGGAAAAGUUGGGUCCAGGAUGUCGCUGUGCUGAACAGACAGCAGACUGAAGAUGCUGAAAGCCAUGUGAACCUCACUGUUAUUAGGGUAACUACNUGCGGCCAUUUUUCGAAGAGUUCAUGA